AUGCAGCGUGUGACUGUGAGCUCCUGCGUGCUGCUGCUCCUGGUGCACCUGUGCGCAUCGGGCCAGGCCAAGAGAGUGCGCAGCAGAGGAGCGCAACCCCGCCGCGUCCAGCAGCAGACUCCCGCCUACAGGGAACGCGUGGAUGGAGCAGAGAGCUUUCCAUUGGACUUUACAGCUGUGGAGAGCAACAUGGACAACUUUAUGGUUCAGAUUAAGAACCUAGCGCAAUCUUUAUACCCCUGCUCUGCGCAAAAGCUGGACCAGGACAUGAAGCUGCACUUUCUCAAGAACGAGUCUGUCACCUGUAACGACGGCUCUCCGGCGGGAUACUACCUAAAGCAGUCUAAAGGCAGCAAGCGAUGGCUGUUGUUUUUAGAAGGUGGAUGGUACUGCUUCAACAGACAGACGUGCAACAGCAGGUACGAGACAAUGAGGAGACUGAUGAGCUCCACCAAGUGGCCAACGAGCAGAACAGGAAUGGGGAUCCUGUCUCCACAGCCCGAGGAAAAUCCAUACUGGUGGAACGCCAACAUGGUAUUCAUCCCAUAUUGUUCCAGUGAUGUGUGGAGUGGAUCUUCAGCCAAGUCUGACCAUAAUGACUAUGCCUUCAUGGGUUCCCUGAUCAUUCGGGAGGUGGUUAAUGAACUUCUAACUAAAGGCUUAAACAAUGCUAAAGUUCUGCUCUUAGCCGGGAGCAGUGCUGGUGGAACUGGGGUCCUGCUCAAUGUGGACCACGUCUCAGAGCAGCUGAAGAUGCUGGGCCACACAACGGUGCAGGUCCGAGGACUCGCAGACUCGGGAUGGUUCCUUGACAACAAACAAUAUAAGUUCACUGACUGUCUGGACACUAUCAGCUGUGCCCCUACUGAGGGUAUCAAGAGAGGAGUCAGAUACUGGGGAGCUCAUGUGCCAGAAAACUGCAGACAGGCCCAUGUUGGAGAGGAGUGGAACUGCUUCUUUGGAUAUAAAGUCUUCCCCACUCUGAGCAGUCCAGUGUUUGUGGUGCAGUGGUUGUUUGACGAAGCCCAGCUCACUGUGGAUAAUGUGCACCUCACGGGUCAGCCGCUCCACGAGGGGCAGUGGAGGUACAUCCAGACCCUGGGGCAGGAGCUGAGGAGCACACUGCGGGACGUCCCGGCAAUAUUUUCUCCAGCUUGUCUCUCGCAUGAACUCAUCACAAGAACAAAUUGGCUGGAGAUUCAAGUCAAAGGCACUUCUCUACCCCGCGCUCUGCACUGCUGGGACCGUAGUCUUCAGGACAGCAGCAACACAAGCCAGGGGAACCACAGCCUCCAGAGGCAGCGUCCGCUCAGGGGCUGUCCUCUGCACCUGGUGGACAGCUGCCCCUGGCCCCACUGCAACCCCACCUGCCCCACCAUCAGGGACCAGCUCACAGGGCAGGAGAUGAGCGUCAUACAGUUUCUCAAGCACAUGGGCUUCGACGUGCAGAAAAUGGCCCAACAGCAAGGCAUGGACCCCCGGAAACUACUGGGCAUGCUCAACAACGGCAGCUGA